AUGAAUCCAGCAGGUAUUCUAUUACAUUUAGUUUGUCAGGGUCUACACCCUGGUUCAGAUUUUCUCAGCUCAGUUGUUUCAUUCCUUGCAAUGACUACUCCAAUAACGUCGUGUAUUAAUGAACCAGAGUUUGCAGAUGUCUAUCCACCGUCAGAGGAUUCCUACUUAUUUUUAGACGCUUUGGAAUCAGAUGGUGCAUUUUUGUCUAAAUUGAGUCCGGGUGUAACUCUUGAAGUUGGAAGUGGUAGUGGAGUUAUUAGUGCAUUUCUAUGCUCAUGCAUUUCGAAACCGCUGUUUCACAUAUGCACUGAUAUAUCACCUGCUGCAUGUCGUGCUUCUUUACGUGUGCUCAACUUGAAUGUACCUAAUUCCUCAGUGGCAUAUGAUGUAAUUAACUGUUCUUUAGCAACUUCCCUCUUACCUAGACUACAUGGAAAAGUUGAUUUAAUAAUGUUUAAUCCUCCUUAUGUGCCAACGUCUUUCGAAGAACACCAAUCUGCUGGUUCUACUUUAGUCGCCUCAUGGUCCGGUGGUUUAUUAGGACGACAAGUGAUUGACCAGUUUUUGGACCAGACUGUCGACCUACUUUCUUCACAGGGGUGUAUUUACUUGUUGUUAUCGGAGGACAAUCGUCCUGAUGAAGUACAUCGUAUAAUGAUGAAACUGUCAAAUGGUAAACUUAAAGCAAAGCCAAUAUUGCGUAGACGGUCGCAAAAUGAAUUUUUAACUGUUUUCCGGUACAACUUUUGAAGUUUGUGUACAUAUAAAAUAUAUUACUGCUCACCUAGUCAUAUUCUGUAACUUUUCACGUGGUGAGAUGUAUGUAAUUCAGUAAGAUGGUAUCAGUUAUUUUU